AUGAAUAUCCGUGUAUUUCAAGCCUUCUUCUUGGCCCUAUCUGCAUUGUGCAUCAAUGGAAGUUAUUCCGAAACCGAGACGAACCCCAAGGAGAUGUGUGGAGAGGGCUGUCAGCCGCUGGAGAAGGGCGAUUUCAGCGAGUUCUUCUGCAUUUACCGAGACGAAGAGGAGACAGAUCAUGUCUAUUAUGGAAUUUGUAAGCAGAAUUUUGGGGGUUUGUGGAUUUCGCGGAAAAUUUUUGAGUGAUUUUGAAAAUAUUCGGGAAUUGUGGGGGCCUUCUCAGGAUAAUGAUCAAUUUUGAGGUUUUUGGAUGCCUUUUGAGGUGUUUUGAUAAUUUUGGAUCUUUCCAAAUAUAUAUAGUAGUUGAGGUUUACAGACCUUCAAGAAAUUUUACCCUCCAUAGAUCACUUUUGAGAUAUUUGGAUAACUUUUGACGUUUUUUGACUACUUGUGAGGACCUUGGAUCACUUUGAAAGUAUCUGGAUAAGUUUUGACGUUUUUGGAUUACUUUGAGGACAUUGGAUCACUUUUGAGAUAUUUGGAUAACAUUUGACGUUUUUGGAUAACUUUGAGGACGUUGAAUCACCUUUGUGAUCUUUGGAUCAUUUUUGAAGUUUUUGGAUGACUUUUGAGGACUUUGGAUUACUUUUGAGAUACUUGGAUAACUUUUGACGUUUUUCAAUUUCCUUUGAGGACUUUGGAUCACUUUUGCAAUUUUUGGAUAACUGUUGACGUUUUUUAAGUUCUUUUGAGGACUUUAGAUCACUUUGAAGGUAUUUGUAUAACUUUUGACGUUUUUGGAUAACUUUGAGGACGUUGAAUCACCUUUGUGGUCUCUGAAUCAUUUUGGGGUCUUUGGAUCACUUUUGAGGUGUUUUGAUCAAUUUUGAAGUUUUUGCAUCAUAUUUCUGGUCUCGCGAUUAUUUUGGGGCCUUUAGAUCAAGUCUUUGGAAGACUUUUGAGAUCUACGGAUCGCUUUUGAGGUUUCGGGUCACUUUUUAAGCUUGUGUAGUUUUUGGAUUACCUUUGAGGACUUUGGAUAACUUUUGAAGUACUGGCUUUUUUUAAGACCUUUCGACUUUUCGUUUUUUUUGAAAUCUUUUUGUAAAUAUUUUUUACAAAAUUUAUUUACAAAAAAAGUAUUUUUAGGUCGAGAUGGAGCCAAAGAUUCGACCGAAAUCAGCAAAAUCAAAAUAAAGUAAGUCAUCCAACAUCUUUUGAGAUUUCUAAUAAUUUUUCAACUUUUAGAGACGACGAUUUCCUUCUGAAAGAGCCGUUGAAGGAAUCUGUCCCUUUACAUCUGGUCCCACUCUACAGAUCCGGUGAAUUUCUCAACUAUUUUGCGUAUUUUUUACCAGAAGAGGCAGGAAUAUGCGAUAAGUAAGUUAAAAAAAUUUUUUUUUGACUGCACUGUGCAAAAAAAAUCGAAUUUCUUAGCAUUCCAAAAAUUUUUUUGCACGGUGCAUACGAAAAAUUUUUGCCACAGUGCAAUCUAAAAUUUUUUUCCCACAGUGCAGUCCAAAAAAAAUUAUGCACGGUGCAUCCAAAAAAAUUUUGCACAGUGCAAUCCAAAUUUUUUUUGCACAGUGCAAUCCAAAAAAUUUUUUGCACGGUGCAGUCUAAAAAAUAUCGCGGUUUUUUGCACUGUGCAAAUUGAACCGCAUAGUUUGCACAGUGCAAGUUGCCCAUUUUGAUUGCACAAUACAAAAAAAAAACGUAUUUCAAUUACAAGUCCAUCCGGAAAGCCGCCGGACUGAAAUCGGCGACAUGCACUGUGAGAAAAAACUCAGGGUGCGAGCGACAGCUCGAAAAAGCCUAUUACACAGUGCAAAAAGCCAAAAAUUGCACAGUGCAAAGUGAACUUUCGUUUUCGCAGAGUGCAUGUCGCCGAUUUCCGUCCGGCGACUUUCCGGAACGACUAGUAUUUCCUGCGUUUUUCCAGGUUAUCCAUCGUAGACACACGCACGGCCAAGCCCCAGGACGGUGCUUUCGUCUCGGGAACUCGGAUCUACGUGAACAACCAGACAGCGCUUACGCUCUCACAUGACAAUAAAACCCUCAAAAAAAUGGAAAAAUUUGAUCUUGUUGAAGAAGAGAGAGUCUCGAUUUGCUUUGUAAGUCUGUGAUUUGCAGUGUGCGGGGAUUACCAAGUCAAUUUUGUAUAGCAAACAAUUUGAACCGCGCUGUGCAAAAAAUUUUUGUGAUUGCACCGUGCAGCGGUUUCCACUGUUAUUUUUUGUUGCACUGUGCAAAAUCCGCGACGUUUGUUGGACUGCACUGUGCAAAGCAAUAUGUAUCUGUAGGCACUGUGCAAAACGGCGACGUUCAGUUUUGGCCCGCACUGUGCAAAAAUUUGUUUUGUAUGCACUGUGCGGCGAAUUCCAAAAUUUUAUUUUUUGCACUGUGCAAAAUCUACGACGUUUAUUUUUGGCCCGCACUGUGCGAAAAUGAUUUUUCUUUGUCUGCACUGUGCGAAGAAUUAUAAAUAUUUUCAGACCCCAGGAACCACCUGUACCACGGAUAUCGACACCUUGGAGAUUGUGGAGCUGGGCAAGGAUGUAAAGAGUGUUUAUCUCCGGAAUGACAUUUUUGUAUACGCUGAAUGCUCCAAGGUCAUCUGCAGCUAUAUGCUUCAUGAUUUUCUAGCAAAGUAAGUUUGGGAAAAACGUUUUUUUUUUAUUUUGCGAAUUGUUUCAGCACAACCUACUACAUUCCGCAGGAUUUGAAGGUAUCUUCGGAAGAAUUGGACGAUUUUGGCGGAUUUUUAUACCUGGUCCCAAAAAUCGGAUUUGAUGACCGAUUUUUUGAUGAUGAACGGAGAUUCAAAUACUCCAAUAUCCCGGAGGUCUCCGUGUGCGAAGAUAGCAUUUUUGGCCCUGAAUUUACGGCGGUAAAACUCAAGAAAUGCUAUUUGUUGUAAGUCAAUUUUUUUUAAAUUUUUUGCACAGUGCAGAAAAAUUCGAGAAAAAUUUUGCAAUUUUCUUCUUUGCACAGUGCAAAAAGCAAAAAAAAGAAAUUCUUUGCACUGUGCAAAAAUUUCUCAGAAUUUCUUUUGCACUGUGCAAUGAAUUUAUUUUUUUCAUUUUGCACUGUGCAGUGAGAAAAAUUUGUUUUCGCCGCACCGUGCAUAAAACAAAAAAAAGGAAUUCUUUGCACUGUGCAAAAAUUUCUCAGAAUUUCUUUUGCACUGUGCAAUGAAUUUAUUUUUUUUUAUUUUGCACUGUGCAGUGAGAAAAUUUUGUUUUCGCCGCACAGUGCGAAAAGUUUCUGAAAAUUCUUUUGCACAGUGCAGUCAAAAAAAUCCCAAGAAAUCUUGCACAGUGCAGUGAAAAAAAUUUUCAUCAAUGCACAGUGCAAAAAAUUGGGUUUUCCCGACUGCACAGUGCAAAAAAAUUAGUAUUUUCCGACUGCACAGUGCAAAAAAAUGGGUUUUCCAGACUGCACAGUGCAAAAAAUUGACUUUUCCCGAUCGCACAGUGCAAAAAAAUUGACUUUUCCCGACUGCACAGUGCAAAAAAUUGAUCUUUCUCGACUGCACAGUGCAAAAAAAUUGGUUUUCCGGACUGCACAGUGCAAAAAAAUUGGUUUUUCCCGACUGCACAGUGCAAAAAAUUGGUUUUUCCCGACUGCACAGUGCAAAAAAUUGACUUUUCCCGACUGCACAGUGCAAAAAAAUUGACUUUUCCCGACUGCACAGUGCAAAAAAUUGAUCUUUCUCGACUGCACAGUGCAAAAAAAAUUGGUUUUCCGGACUGCACAGUGCAAAAAAAUUGGUUUUUCCCGACUGCACAGUGCAAAAAAUUGGUUUUUCCCGACUGCACAGUGCAAAAAAUUGACUUUUCCCGACUGCACAGUGCAAAAAAAUUAGUUUUUUCCGACUGCACAGUGCAUAAAAAAAUGACUUUUCCCGAUCGCACAGUGCAAAAAAAUUUUUUUUUUCAGUGUGCGUAUCCAAAAAAAGUCUACACAAAAAUGAUUUUCAGACCAAUUCUGAUCGGAAUUUCGGCCGUUCUCGGCUUCCUUCUACUUGUUUUGAUCCUCAUCAGCAUCAUAAUAAUUGUCAGAAAUCGGCGAAAACUGCAGAAAUCCAAUCGCUCCAUCAGGACUGUGGACAGUCUGGGGCUGAGUUUGAGGGAGAAAAAGAAGAGGAAAGCGAUGGAAAAUGACAAUAAAGAGACGAAUACGGCACCUAUUGACAAUGUCGGUGAUGAAAAUGGGCCUCAAGAAAGUGGUGUGGAGAGCAAUUUGGGCAGUCAAAGAGCACCCACACCAAGGCGAAGUUGA